AUGACCUUCCUCUUUUGUAAGUGGUUGAUUGCCGCUAAUAUCGUCACUCGACGUGAGAGAGCAUCAGACUCAGAGGAAGAGGCAGCUCCGCGACAGGCAACAGAGGUGACUCGUGAGGCUAGGGUGUCGACUCGAGGAAAAGAAGCUGCUGGAUCCUCGAGAAAAGGGAAAGAACCGGCCCUCGCAACCGACAGUGAAGGAGAGUUUGAUAGUGAAGAAACAGAGACUUCUGAGGGGGCGGGUGAGAAUGAAUCGAGUUCUGAGGAAGUAUCUGGCCUUCCCGAUUCAUUCUUUGAUAGAGGACUUGUAAGGCCUUCUGUCGCUCCGGCCCAACCACAAGCUGCUCUGAAAAAACGGAAAGAGAGAGUCGUCAUGGAAUAUCCUAAUCGGAUGACGGUAGAAGUUCUCAGCUGCGAUGAAGAGGAUGAAGAGGAUACAGUGCCUCUUGCUCGUAGGCUAAGAUCUCAAACUUCCACGCAAGCUCAAACUCAAGCUUCUCCCCAAGCUGAGUUACGCACCAAACAUCGUCAUGAAGGUUCUGAUGCACGUCCUCUGAAGAAACAAAAGAAAGCUGCCUCUAAACCACGCGUUCAUCUCCCUGAUCUAAAAGAGACAUCUGGUCGUAGUGCUUCUUCUGAUGAACAAGGGGGUCGAGAAGAAGGAGAAUUGUCAGCUGAUGCUGCUUCUCCCGGAGGUAUGGAAACUGAGGAGACCAGCUAUGUUCAACAAAUGCAGGAUGCUUUGAAAGAAGAACCAGCUGGUGUUCCACCGACUCCUGACGUUGAUCCAUCCGCUACGGACGCAGACGUCCCGAUGCAUGAGCCUAUUGAAGGAGAAGCUACUCAUGCCACCAAAGUCGAUGAUUUUAAUGAUUUCGACUUUAAUAUCUCAGAGGACGAUCAUCAGCAAAUCCUUGAUUCUUUGUUAGAGAAAGCUUCUGGUCCAGCUACCGGCUCAGAUGUUGGAAUUGGUUCAACAGAAGCAGGUCUUUCUGAGAGACCAGUUAAUGGAACUGAUACUACUAUAAAUAUUGAAACGUCUGAACAACCGGAGGGUCGCGACCUCGUGCCGUGGGUAGGAACUGAAGUUAAUCUCCAAUCAUCUAUUCCUGAAUUCCAGCCUGCUACUCCUAUGGAUCCGAUGAUGAUAGAAGUUACCGUCACCCCCCCAGAUCAGUCCGAAUCCCCUCUUAAGGAGUCUCUUAGUUUGGACCCGCCGUCUUCUGAGGCUUUAGUUGAAAAAGUCCCUGACGUAGCGGGUGCAUCAACAGCUACCAUUCCUGAACCAAUCUUGACUGUUCAGGAAUCCAGACUACCAUCCUUGGGCGAAUCAAGUCAUGCUGAAAGUUCUUCCGUCGAACUUGAUAUGGAUGGCAAUACAGAUACAAAUGAUUAUCAACUAUCAUCACAAUCUGAUUCAGACUCUAAUUCAGAUGAGGAGCAAUUUCAAGUAUUAUUGACUAUUCAUGCAUUUAUGGAGUUUAAUGGAUCUUUUAUGGAGCAGCCUCGACCACAAAGGAUUUCAAAAUUAAGUGGGCAUGAUUAG